CUCAAAAUGGCUGGAGAGAAACAGUUAUGAGGAUCGACGGUUUUGCCAGGUAUUUACGAAAAAUGAGCCUGUGUGUAGUUUGAAGGCGCCUCCUCCACAUAACUGGGGACCCAGGGGGAGAGUGGAGAGGGGGGGACAGGACCACAACCCGGGCACCACCCAGGAAGAGGAGGAGCGAGGGAGCAGCUGAGGAGGAAGGAUCAUCCAAUUGUUGGUAACCAGUGAGUCCAGCCCUUCAGAUGAAGAGCCUUCAGUUCCGGAGCAUUGCCCCUAAGGCCCCAGCUGUGGUGCCCUCCCCCUCCCCUGCGGUCCUGUCCUGCCAGCCUCCCUCUGCCCUCCCUGAGGCUACCACUGCCUCCAGUCCCAAGUCCAUCAUUGUGCCCACUCAAAACUAUGCACUGAUGCAAAUAGCAGGUCAGGAUGGCACUUUCUCUCUGGUGGCACUGCCCCCUUCUGUCUCCUCUCAAACACCACAGCAGCAACAGCAGCAAACCCAAUCAAUUCAAAAGAAUCUCAAGUUGCCCAUUCCCAGAUACCAGCCAGUGAGAAGCAAGGGGACCACAGAUAAGGUUAAAUCACCACCACUAGCUGCCAGGGUGCAAACAGCUUCCAAGGUUGCUGUGACAGUGCAGACCAAGUCAGUGGGGUGUGGAACAUCAACAGGGAUGAAGAAAAAACAGGAGUCCAAAAACACAAAGGAAAUCCUCGUGCCCAAAGAGGAGCCUUCAGAGCAGCUAAUUCUGAUUGACCCAGGCUCGUCUGACAUCUCUGUCACUGCUCUACUCCCAGACAAUGCUGUCCUGUACCCAGGUUCUCAGUUAGAGCGAGCAUCAGAUGGCUCGGAACGACCUGAUACAACUGGCCUUAUUCAAAACCUCCAGUACCCCCCUGCUGCUGUCAAAAGUUCCACAGGCAAAUCUCCGGAGGAGAGUAAGACUACAGUGAGGCUGUGCCAAUCUAAGCCUGCUGCAGCCCAGCCCCAGAGCAGUAUCACUGUCCUGUCCCCAGCCAUCUUCAGCAAAGCAGUCCAGAUUAUCCCAUCCCCACCUAAGGGUAAACUGCCCAUCAUGCCCUACUCUAAAAUGAAGAGCACCCUUAUUCCAGCUGCCAAACUCAAUUGCAAUUUGUCCCCUGAGAAGACCAGUUUCUCUGGCCAGGCAGGACUUGCCAGCCCCUUAGAUCCUACAUCCAACACCCUUGAGACAUCUGAAGCCUUGGGUCACAACCAGAUGCCAAACUCUACUCUACAGCCACAGGCCAAGACCACACUCAUGCCUGUUUUGGGAACCCUCCAGAAACCACCUGGCAAGAAGAGGGGGAGAAAGAGAAAGACAAUGGAAGACAUCUUGGCGUUUGAGGCCAGAAAGAAGAGGUCCUUGUCUUUCUUCCGUAGAAGGGUCCCAGAGAAACCGCCAGCAGUUGUUCCAGGCUCCAAGCAAAAAGAAGUUGAUAUUUCAAAGAAGUACCGCAGCAUUCGACCCAAGCCCAUGUUGGUUAUGGAGACAGUUCCUCAAUUGGUCAGUUUGCCUGCCAUUACCCCAGAUGGUCAAGAACAGGAGCUUGUACUUGGUCAUCAGCUCCCUACGAGUACCACAACCAAGGCCCUGGACUGUCCUCCCCAACCAGCCCCAUUAACCCUCCACCUGAGAGGUGCCUCCCAUCCAAGAGUGUUCAUAGGCAGCCGUCCACUGCACCGUUGCCCCACCUGCAGCCGCUGUUUCCAGUUCAAGCAUCAUCUCCAGAGCCAUAUGAACAGUCACACCAACAGUCGGCCCUACGUCUGCCCAGUCUGCCGCAAAGCAUACGCUCACUCCGGCAGCCUGAGCACCCACAUGAAGCUUCACCAUUCUGAGGUACGCCCACGUCGGUCUCUAGGCUGUGAGUUCUGCGAGAAGGCCUUUGGAUACGUGGGAGUUUACUUCAGUCAUCUGAGAGAGGUCCACAAAGUGGUGCUGACUGUGGAGCCGUCCAUUAGCCAUCAUGAGGAUGAUGUGUCUGUGGAAGGGGCUAACUCACCAGAGCCAUCAGAUGAGCAAGAUCGUGAAGACCCCGUGGAGCUGCAGAUUAAAUGUGGCCGCUGCCAGACCAUCACUCCCACCUUUGCUGACAUGAAGAUGCACCUGCUACAUGUGCAUGGGGAGGAAGUCCAGGUACGACCUCACGAUGGCCAAGCACUGCGGGGUGGCCGCGAGGCUGAGAAUGAGCUGGUAAAACAUGCUGCCCAUUACUGGCGACAGCUCAACGAGAAGCGUAACCUGGUUAAGUGUGGCAGCUGCGACGAGGAGUUCUUCUCCUUCUCCAAGCUCAAGAGGCACAUCCUGUCCCACCACCGUGGAAGGGAGGGGGAGGACAGUGGGACCCUCUCAUCACAAGAUAGCGGUGGCGGCCUCGGGAUCCUUGCUGCUGGUAUGGCCUUUAACUGUGUGCUUUGCAAUGAAGUUCUGGAUACUAAAGAGGGGGUUAUGGAGCACUGGAGGAGUCGGCACCACUGCGAGCAGCCCAGCCUGCUGUGGGACGCUUUGAGCUCGUACUCUGGCCAAGAGGAGGGUGAGGCGGAUCUGGACACUCCUGCUCCAAGUCCACACUAUCCAGCCUAGCCCUUUGAGAGCAUGGAGUCCUUUGCUAUGGCUCCUCCUCACACACACUCAGUCCUAACAAUCAGCAGCACAGGGAUGAAGAGUUUCUCUUAUGUCUUUUAGCACAAGUUUCAUCUUUCACCAGUUGAGGUAUUUGACUCCAAAAGUCCAAAAGGAAAAAAAAAGAAAAUAUUAAGCUAAUGGUGAAAAUUGACCUUUGUGUUACAAUUCAUAAAGGAAAUUCUCUCUAGGUCAGAGAAUCCAGUUUUAUAGACAAUAUUUUUUUUUAUGUUAUUGUUUUGAUUGCACUGUUCUGUUUUGGAUGUUUUGUUUAGAGGUAUGUAUUUAAUAUCCUGUUGGAUCUUUUUUUUCUACUGCUUAUUUAAAUGUUAUUAGAAGGGUAAUUUAUAAACUGUCUGACACAGUAAAACUGUUAAAAGGUAAUUUCACCCAAACACUUACCUCUUGUGACAUCUAGUAUGCAAAUAAUUUGGUGCUCAGUUUUUGAGAUAUCUGUAUGUGAUUUCUGCCUCCACCCCAAUGAAAAAAUACUUUUUAAAAGUUCAACAAAAUCCUCUAGCAGUGUCCCUAUUACUCUGUGGAGAGAAUUUGUUUUGCCGGUAAUUUUUUAUCUUGAUUUGAUAGUUAUAGUAGAGCGAUGACAAGUAACGAGAGGUCACUGGCAACAUUUCAGUUCAUGGUCGGUGUCUUAACCCGUCAACCACAGCUCCACAUUUGUAAAAGGCAAUUUUAAUUUUGAGCAAUAGACCUCCAUUUUAUAGUGAUGGAAGCAGAAAUCUCAAAGAUGAAACUACCCAAUCUGCAUGGCUGGAUACCACUGUAGGAAAGUGAGGAAAUAUGUUUUUUUUUUGUUUUUUUUUGGGUGGACUGACCCUUUCAAAUACUGAGAAAUGUAAAUCUCAUAACUAGGGCACACUGUCUACUAUCACACUGGCUGACAAUUUAUCUAUUAGCCUUGGACUAUUACAGGUUAAAAGAAAUCAGACGUGUACCCGAUUCUGUGAUGUAAUAUUGCUCCUGUAAUUGAAAAUCGAUAUUUUCAGUCAUGACUUGAACUUGAACUCAUAGUCUGAUUAAGGGCAGUAUUAGGGUCCUCUGUAAACCUGGACCCAUGAAGGAACACUUAACUCUUAACCAGCACCCAAGUGACAUCCUUGUGGCCUUCUGAAAAAGAAAAUCGGUGUUCAUGCGUAAUGUGGCUUAUCGUCAGUGUGGUCCUCUGUAGGCCAAGUUCUAUCUCCUUGACUUGUUGAUUAAUGCCUAUAUAUGUAUUCUGUGAUAUGCCAAGGGUCUUUACACUAGUGAUUGUAGAAGUGAGUUUUGCAUUUAAGCGUUUUAACCACUGACGGAAUACCUUUUGUUGACUUAGUAAAUACGCAAAAGAAACCAUUGAAUUGCCUACCUGUUGUUGCCAGCUCAUGUACGCACCUGUGGAAUUGUGUGCACCCAGACUCUAUUAUUAGAGUUAGCAUAAACUGUUGUCAAGUCCAGAAAAAUAUGCUAUUUUAUACUCUAGAUUAAUACAGAGGUCUUUUAGUAUAUUUAAGCUUGUUGUUGGUCCUUAAGGAAUCAGCACUAAGACAUUUGUUAUGUUUGCUUCUUCUAAUUUUGGGGAUGCUUAAUGUCUUUUUUCUUGAUUGGGAGGCCAUUACUACUUGCUAACAUUUGUCUGUGUUUAUCUUUCAUAUGAAGAAAAAAAAAAAACAUCACAGGGUCAAAGUGAAUGUACCUGAAUGUUUUAAAAACCCUACCAAAAGUAUAUGUAUGCUAUAUAGACUAAUUCUAUAGAUAAAAAAUAUAUAGAUAUAUUGAGAAAAUAUAUAUAUUUACAUAGAGUAACUAGUGAAGCAGCUGCUUUGUUCUGUCACAGGGGAGAGGAGGGUAACAAGAGAUGAAUAUAUCAUUGCCACAACAGGCAACAAAAGCCAUGUAGAGCUGUCCCUAUGUUUCUGACACAAAACGUAGGACUUUGAAUGAAGGGCAAAGCACUGAUGUGUACAUGUCGCACUCACUGGGUAAACUACGGUAUGCUGUACUACUGUUCUUUUAAUGCCAUGUUUGAGUGUUCAUCAGUGAACUGUCCUUUGUUUUCAAGCCCUCAACACAAAGCAGGAAGUGACAGAAUAAGGUUCAGACUCUUCUUUCCUCAGUUAGAUGAGAAACAUACAUGACUGUCAGCACAAGUCGGAAAGUUUAAAAAUCCCAUAUUUGGUGAUAUAAUGUUGUUUGGCUCACUUAUGUUGACUGUGUCCAAAAAAAAAAAGAAGAGUGAAAGUGUUUGUGCUUGUGACUGUUUGUGUACCUGAAAAACCUGAUGUUUAUGAGAAUAAAGAUAUGCUUUGUUGACUUUA